AUGGAUGCUUCUGUGUUGGCGCCUCUUGUGGCAUUAUUCCUUGCUUCCUUCUUCUUGGUCCUGAGAAAGCACAGGAGCUCACCUCCAGAUGAUCGUCGGCACCAGCAGCUGCCCCCAGGCUCUUUCGGUCUGCCCGUUAUUGGCCAGACGCUGAGCUUCCUGAGCGCCCUCCGCGGCAACACCGGUGAGGCAUGGCUCCGGCAGUGGGCUGCCGUGUAUGGCCCCGUGUCAAGGUUCUCCUUCUUCGGUGUCCGGACAGCCUUAAUCGUCGGACCCUCUGCCAACAAGUUCCUCUUUUCCAGCGCCGGGCUCACUGCCAAGACCACGACAGCCAUGAACCGCAUGGUCGGCAGGCGAAACAUCCGGGAGCUCACCGGCAAUAACCACCGCCACGUCAGGGCUAUGUUCGUCCAGUUCCUCAAGCUAGACGUUGUUAGGGGCUACGUUGGCGCCAUCGACGAUGAGGUUCGGCAUCACCUCAGCGCCAACUGGCAUGGGCACGCUACCAUCGCGGUGAUGCCGUCAAUGAAGACACUCACUUUCGACAUCAUGUGUACCGUUAUCUUUGGGCUCGACAGGGGAGCACACGCCGCUAUGAGGCGGGAUCUGUCGAUGGAGUUCCAACAACUGGUGAGGGGCGUAUGGUCCAUCCCGGUGAACCUACCCUUCACCACCUUCCGCAAGUGCCUCGCUGCCAGCCAGCGUGGGCGGCACACUGUCGCAAAGAUCAUUGACGAGAAGCGCCGCAAGCUAGAGCGCGGAGAGAGCUCUUCGUCCAACGACCUAAUGACCCACAUGCUCGCUGAGGGCAUGGCCGAUGACGACAUCAUCGACAACAUCAUGUUCAUGAUACUGGCGGCACAUGACACCACUGCCACCCUCCUCACCUUCCUUAUCCGCCACCUCGACAGUAACAAGGAUGCCUACGCCAAAGUCAUUGCCGAGCAAGAAGAGGUCGCUAGGAGCAAGGCUCGGGGUGAAGCUCUGUCGUGGGAUGACCUUGGCAAGAUGAGGUACACAUGGGCAGCAGCCAUGGAGACACUCCGCAUGGUCCCUCCGAUAUUCGGCAACUUCAAGAGGGUGGUUGAAGAUGUGGAGUUCAAUGGCCACUUAAUACCAAAGGGGUGGCAGGUGAUGACAGCGAUGAACCUCACACAGUGGGACCCGGCCAUCUUCCCGGACCCCGGCAGGUUCGACCCGACGAGGUUCGAGAGCCCUCUGCCACCAUACAGCUUUGUGGCAUUCGGCGGCGGUGGGCGUGUGUGCCCUGGGAACGAGUUUGCAAGGGUCGAGGCGCUGGUGGCCAUGCACUACAUCAUCACCGGGUUCAGGUGGAAGCUCGCCGAUGGCUGUGAUGGCAGCUUCUCCAGGUAUCCGCUGCCAUCCCCAGCCCAAGGCCUCCUCAUCGACAUCGAGCCUAAGGACACAACCACAAGUCCAUGAUUUGUAAUACCUUCCAGCAUUGUUGUUCCUUGUUGGGGCUGUUUUUUCUCUUAAUGUAAUAGCAGCUCUCCAGCUAUUUUUUUAAAAAAAAAAACAAGUGCAUGGUUUCAAAGAAUUCAGUGACCUGGCCUGAAUGAUUCAUACAUGAUCCAGCUGUACAUUACAUGUAGUUCUAUUGUGAUUUUGAACAUACGUUUCAUAUAUUAGUUUGCAAAUUGCAAUGAUGCACAAAACUUCUGCACGGCAGGUAGUAUUGUUCAAUUCCCUCAAUAUGGUACUAGUUCACUACAAGUCUACAACUAAUGUUCACAACAUCCACGGAAAAGAAGCAUCAGCUGUUCUAUAAUCUGUUUUGGUAGUAUGCAUAAGAGCAGUUUUUACCCCAUGGCAGGUCAUCUGGACUGAGAAAUUAGUGCAGCUUCUUACCGAGUGCUUUGCUUUAUUAUGCACAGCACAUCAGAUAAGCAAAUAAGCAAACCAAUUACAGAGUACCAUUAUAAACAUGACCAUUAAGCAGCCCCCGUCCAGGAUGCACGCGUAAUUCAAGCAGCGCUGCUACAGUUUGUAAAUGGUAGCUUCCAGGGAGCAUAAUCAGUAAAGUAGUUCUUCAAUGCUCCAAGCAUGGACAACGUGGAUAAGCAUUGCCGGAUUUGUAACUAUUCUGUUGCCUCGAGCAAAGGUUUUAACCAAUUCCCACCAAAACAGAACAAAAUGAAGAGGAGCAAAUUCACUCAGAUGAUCCAUCAACAACACCCUGAUGCUU